AUGUUUUUUAAUAAUGUAGACGGCGUUUCCUAUUCCGAAAUCGGGUUCCCGGCGGUGUUUGUUGGUUUGGUCGCACAUUCGUUGUUGCGCCAUUUGGAGGUGGGUGCGUGCCGCCUCCACGUAGCUUUCGAGCUUUUUGGUAAUCGCUUGAGCUUCGGUUCCAAGAUGGCGGAGAUCAUUUUGCUUCCGCACCCGCCAGACAAAAAGACGACGUAUAAGCAGCGACUGUCGGCGACACAGUUGCUUCGAGUCGACGGAAACCUAUCAAUGUUCUGUGAAGCUACCAUCGCAACUCUACUACUUGUGGAGAACUGGUAG